AUGCGCUUGGCAAGGUGUUUGUUGCAACAAUUUAGAGAUCAUAUGCUCUUGGAAAAAAUGAAAUACUACGGAUAUUUUCGUCCACAUCCUAUAUCAUUGAAAAUGUAUUUGGGUUUUGGACAGGAGGGAACUGUGGAAACAUCAUUCAAAUUUUUGCAAAAAGAACUUCUUGUUCGUUUAGCUAAUAUUACAAAGGAAGUUGAUUCAUUACUUCGAAACUUACCUCAGAUGUCUUCUACUGCCGACAUGCGUGAAUUGUAUUAUCAAAGUUUUGAAGAUUUGUUGCCAUUUGAAAAUGUUGAGCCAACCGAUGAUAAUAUCAGUUUGUUUAACGAAAAGUUGGAAAAAGUGAUGUUACGACAUGAAAAUACCAUUGAAAAAAUGGCUGAAGAUAUUAUCCAGUUACGACAAAAAUAUGGCAUAAAUAUAACAUCAAAUAAUAAAAUCCAGUGUUACCUGGAACGAUUUUAUUUCAAUACGAUGUCUAUACAGAUCUUACAGCAUCAGCAUUUGAUAGUUUUCGGAACAUUACUUCCACCAAGUCCUCGACAUAUAGGUUGCAUUGAUCCAGCAUGUGAUAUUGGAGCAGUUAUUUUAAACGCUUAUGACAGUGCUCGAUUCGUGUGUGAUGGUUGUUAUUGUGAUACGCCUAAAUUGCAAUUCGAUUCUUAUAAUUCGGUUGCACCUGGACAGCCGAUAGCUAUCGCAGCCAUACCAUCGUAUUUGUAUCAUAUUAUGUUUGAAUUAUUCAAGAACUCGAUGCGUGCUACCGUUAAUCGUUACGGUGAGUUCGAAAAACUUCCUCCAAUUCAAGUAUUGGCAACAUUGGGCGAAGAGGAUUUGACAGUUAAGGUAAGUGACAGCGGUGGUGGCAUUUCACGAAGAAAGAUGGAUCAGCUGUUCCGAUACAGUUAUACUACCGCACCAUUACCAGAAACUAGUGGCCACAUUGCAGCAUUGGCAGGAUAUGGUUAUGGCCUUCCUCUGUCUCGGGUAUACGCUCGCUAUUUUCACGGCGAUUUGAUGGUCAGUUCGAUGGAAGGCUACGGAACCGAUGCAUUUCUGUAUAUUAAUGCAGUGCCAUUUAAAGGCAACGAAUCAAGUCCAGGGUAUAGUACAUCAUGA